UAGGGGAGGAGACACCAUGGACGAUCAGGGGUGCCCGCGAUGUAAGACCACCAAGUACCGGAACCCGUCCUUGAAGCUGAUGGUGAAUGUGUGCGGACACACUCUAUGUGAAAGUUGUGUGGAUUUGCUUUUUGUGAGAGGAGCUGGAAAUUGUCCUGAGUGUGGCACUCCACUGAGAAAGAGCAACUUCAGGGUACAACUCUUUGAAGACCCUACUGUUGACAAAGAGGUUGAGAUUAGGAAAAAAGUGUUAAAGAUAUACAAUAAAAGAGAAGAAGACUUUUCUAGUCUAAGAGAAUAUAAUGACUUCCUGGAAGAAGUGGAAGAAAUUGUUUUCAACUUGACCAACAAUGUGGAUUUGGACAACACCAAAAAGAAAAUGGAGCAAUACCAAAAGGAAAACAAAGAUGUGAUUCAGAAAAAUAAGCUGAAGCUGACUCGGGAACAGGAAGAAUUGGAAGAAGCUUUAGAAGUGGAGCGACAGGAAAAUGAACAAAGGAGACUGUUUAUACAAAAAGAAGAACACUUGCAGCAGAUGCUAAAAAGGAAGAAUAAGCAGGCGUUUUUAGAUGAACUGGAAAGUUCAGAUCUUCCUGUUGCUCUGCUUUUGGCUCAGCAUAAAGAUCGAUCUACCCAACUGGAAAUGCAGCUUGAGAAACCCAAAUCUAUAAAGCCAGUGACAUUUUCCACAGGCAUCAAAAUGGGUCAACAGAUUUCACUAGCACCUGUACAAAAGCUUGAAGAAGCUCUAUAUGAAUAUCAACCACUGCAAAUAGAGUCGUGUGGGCCACAUGUUCCUGAGCUCGAGAUGUUAGGAAGACUUGGGUAUCUAAACCAUGUCCGAGCUGCCGCUCCACAGGACCUUGCUGGAGGCUACACUUCUUCCCUGGCGUGUCACCGGGCACUGCAGGAUGCGUUCAGUGGGCUUUUCUGGCAGCCCAGUUAACUUUCCCUUCCUGGUUUACAAGAUUUGGACCUUGGAGCAGAAGCAGCAGUGAGCAACAGUAAAGCAAGCUUGUAAAAUUAUAGCCCCAUGCAGCUGCACAACCACAGAACGGUGAUGCAACAGCUACAUGCAAGUCUUUAUAGAGAGAACACUUCAGAAUUCACCCGAGUGUCACAGUGGAUACAUGUGCGAAAAAGAUUGAGAUUUUUACUUACUUUCUUCUGAGGGAUUAAGGCCGUAAGCCAUCUGAUGGAAGAUUUGUUAAUUCACCUAUGUAAGUUUGAGGUUAACGGACAGACUUGUAAAAUUGUUUUAAAAAUAAAGUUAGACUUUAUAUUAAA